CAUUGAUUUAAAAUAAAAAAUUUGAAGACAUUUUUACUACAUAUAUCUUUUAUUCACCGCAUGCAUCGUGUUUAGCGGGAAAUGUAAACGAGGGUAAAGGUCAGUCCCAGGCGGCUGCACGGAAACAUGAACCACGUGACUGGAGUAGCAGGGGCUACAGUGUGAAAGGUUAGUUACGUAAUCAGUUAUGCUCAGCAGCUGACUCUUGUCAUCACAAACAAUAUGCUUCUCGGGUAAUUGUGCAGUAAACGCGUGUGACAAGCAUUUGAACCAUGCGAGCAUCCGUAGAAAAAGUAAACAAAUGAAUUACCCUGAUGUGCGCGCUUUCGCUAGCUUUGGAUGAGAUCAUUUCUAGCACAUCAGCACGAAGAUCCACCAGGAACUUCACGCCGCCUUCAGUCCUGCUUGUAUGGCUGAGCAACUGUUUAUAUCGGGGAGUCAGACUGUACCGGAGCCUGUCUUCGACUUGCAAGAUAGUCGCCAAGUCCCGCAGCUGAGUGUCCAGCAGCUUGGCGGAGAGCUCGGAGACGGCUUUGUGGUCCACGCCGUAUUCUUGAGACAGUUUUGUUAAGAACUCUACUUUAUCUUCCUUUUCCAGACCCCUGUAGUAGUGCAUCAACUCGAGGCUGACUGAUUCGGGCGGAGGCGGGGAUUUCUCUCUCGUUUCGUAUGAAGGCAAAGGAACGACAACUCUCGCCAGGACCUCCUCCAUGUCCGGGACUCUGCGGCGAGUCGGGUGAGAGUACCGGCGCCAGCAGCGGACGCUCGAGGCUUCUAGAGACACUCUCAGGAGAGAACGGGUUCGCCAGCACCUCACACUGCCUCGGACUGCCAAGAUGAUGGAGUUGGAUAUCAUGGCAGGAAGCAUCCUCAGCUGUGUGUUUAGAAACGUGCAAGCUAGCAGGAACAUGACACCAGAAAUGGAGAAAGGGAAGGACCCUGAUGGAGGAGACAUGAGGACCAAACACAAGAAGGAAGUGAAGCUGAAAAGGCUGCAUUCAGGUGCCGGAGGAGAUCCCAACAAAAGCAGCAGCUCGAAGACAACCAACUCCCAACAGCAGAGGGAUAGAUCCGAGUCUCCAGGGAAGGUCAGGACACUGAAGACCCAGGAGCCACUUAUCAGCACCAGUGGAUCAUUGAAACCGGAGCCAGAAGAGGACGACUUCACUUCAAACUCUGCAGGUGUGAAAAGAAAAAGGAUUAAAGAUGAACUGUUGGAAGAGACUCCGAUCAGGAAAAGUAGAAGUAAGAAACACAGCAAUGAUGGAGACAGUGAAGGAAGUCAGAACAAGAAGGCAAAAAGGCAAACUAAAAAGGCGGUGAAGAAGGAGGAAGGAGAGCAUCCGGUCUCAAAAAAAGUCAAGAGGACAAAGGAGGAGAUUGAGGAAGCAAGACAGCUGAAGAUGAAGAAGAAGGAGGAGGAGGAGCAGAAUCGUUGGAGAUGGUGGGAGGAGAAGAAGUAUGAAGAUGGGGUGAAAUGGAUGUCCUUGGAACACAACGGGCCCUACUUCCCUCCCGAGUACCAGCCUCUUCCUGAUGACGUUAGCUUCUACUACAAUGGUAAGAAGGUGAAACUGAGCCUGGCUGCAGAGGAGGUGGCGCUUUUCUUUGCUCAGAUGUUGGACCAUGAGUACACAACAAAGCAGGUGUUUCGGGAGAACUUCUUUAAAGACUGGAGGAAGGAGAUGACCGCUGAGGAGAGAUCCCUAAUCCAACACCUUGAAAAGUGUGACUUUGGAGAACUCCACAACCUGCAUAAAGCCAAAGUGGAGGCGAGGAAGAACAUGAGCAAGGAAGAGAAACAGGCUUUAAAGGAAGCCAAUCAGAAGAUUACGGAUGAGUACGGCUACUGUCUGCUGGAUCGGCACAAAGAACGAAUUGGAAACUUUAAGAUCGAGCCUCCGGGUCUGUUCCGAGGAAGAGGAGAGCAUCCCAAACAGGGAAUGCUGAAGAAAAGGGUCCAACCUGAGGAUGUCAUCAUCAACUGCAGCAAAGAUUCCCGCAUCCUGUACCCCCUGCUGGUCACCGCCUGGAAGGAAGUACGGCAUGACAACACGGUGACAUGGUUGGCCAGCUGGACGGAAAAUGUCCAGGGCUCCAUUAAGUACAUCAUGCUCAAUGCAAACUCCAAACUUAAGGUUUUUAAGAGCGUUAAGCUUUUCUUGGAGAACAAGGAACAUGGAGACGACCUCUUCGACCGCCUCAAUACGAGCCUUCUGAACAAACAUCUGAGCUCUUUGAUGCCUGGGCUGACUGCAAAGGUCUUCAGGACCUAUAACGCCUCCAUCACCCUGCAGCAGCAGCUCAAAGCUCUCACAAACCAGUCUGACAAUGAGGCAGAGAAGCUGCUGUCUUAUAACCGCGCUAACAGAGCAGUUGCUAUUCUCUGUAACCACCAGCGGGCGCCGCCAAAGACCUUUGAGCAAUCGAUGGCCACCCUUCAGACUAAGAUCGAAGCUAGAAAGGAGCAGCUGGCUUUAGCCAAGACUGAGCUGAAACAGGCCAAAAAGGAGGCCAAGGCCAAAGGCAACUCGGACCCCAAACUGCAGAAUUUGGUGGAGCGAAAGAAGGCAGCAGUGAAGCGCUGUGAAGAGCAGCUCCUGAAGAUGGAGGUCCAGGCAACUGACCGAGAGGAGAACAAACAGAUUGCUCUUGGUACCUCAAAGCUGAACUAUCUGGACCCGCGUAUUUCUGUGGCUUGGUGUAAGAACAUGGGGGUGCCUAUAGAGAAAAUCUACAAUAAAACCCAGCGGGAGAAGUUUGCUUGGGCCAUCGAUAUGACCGAGGCGGACUUUGAAUUCUGAAACUCCAGCAGCAGGAGCUUGGAGCGGUCUGCUCCGUGUGUUACGCUGGUGUGACAGUUGAAGCUUCGCCUUGAUGUUAACUGUUGUUCCUUCUUGUUUAUUUUUGACUGAAUUAGGAGGAUUGCUGUUGUUUUGUUUUAUAUUGAUUUCAAUAAAAGUUCCUUCUCGGCAGUAAAGGUGCGAUUAAACUCUAAAUAAAAGCGGCUCAUUCCAGUUACGCCACACAUCUAAACAUCUAAACGACCAGUUUCUCCCAACAACAAAAUGUUAUUUAAUGCAUGAAGAAGUUGGAGCAUGCAACAUUCACAUAUUCCAGAUGGAGUAUUGUGCAUAAGUCUUAAGCCAGACAGUCCUUUUAUGAAGCUGGACUCUUACAAUAUUAGACUCGUU